GAUCCGGAUUUUGCCUGAGCAUCGCUGCCUGUCCGCUGGACCCUGCGAUAUGCCGGCGUGUCCUGUGUGUUUUGGCGCAUGAACUCGCGGACACGUUUGGAAUCCGUCUUCAGUACUUGCGUUAUUGCUUUUCUUCACGUGAAAGUGACGGCGCCGCCUUCUCAGCGAUAUCUGCGCCGCACCUAACCGGGUUCCAGUUGUUUUCUAUGCAGGGGUGAUGCUCAACAACUUCUACUAAAUAUGCAACGACGCAACACCGACCCUGAUCAGGCCCGACGAAAUGCAAGGGCAGACAGGGCGUCCCCAAGCACUGCUUCAGUUGGCAGUGCAUCAUCUGCCAGUAAGAACACUAAUCGGGCUCAUGACACAAGUGCCUUGACCAGCCGAUUGAAACACCUGGAUGAUUGCAUGCGGCAGGUGAAAAGCCUGAUGAAAAACCUUGAGAAGUCUGAAGAUCCUCGUGCUCUAGAAGAACUGUGUCGUUUGCAAAGGCUUUAUAGCGACUUGGCGGACAAGUCCGACUCAAUGCAGUCCCUUUUGGACCAGAUGGCUCAGCAACAGUUAGUGACCCUACAUCAGAUGCUGGAUCAACUGAACAUUGAACAUGCUAAUACUGACGAUCGCAAAGGAAGGUUCAAUGCCCUCGACCUGCGGCAGCGCCACUUGAAUGAACGCCUGUUAGAAACUGGAGGGCGUGAAGCUUCUCCAGCUUCUGCAUCUGGCAGCCUCGACAAUGGUCUCAAUAGCCAUCCGGCUGACGACCCACAGUAUGCGCAGCUGCUACAAGAGGAGAAGGAGAGUUUGAUGGAGCAGAAUGCAGUCAUAAGAAAGAUUAUAGAAUCUCAGAAAAAGCUUUCAGCACUGCGAGAGCAGCAUGACAUAAUCAGGAGUGUUCAAAAGAAAGCUGAAAACAAACUAGCAGAGGCAAAGGCCUUUCAAGACCAACUGGCUGCUAGCCAUCCAGACUUGAGUGUGUGGGUCAGCGAGAUGCAGCGUGAAACAGCUGCCGGCACGCUGCCGAUGCCACCAACGUCUUCUUUGCGGGAAUCUAAGAGGGCUGCGCCAUCCCGACGCCCCCAUCAUGGUGCAUCUGCACCUCCAUCCGAUGUCGCCUGUUGUGGUGAUAGCAAUUGGAACUGGUCUGCUGACUCGGCUGCAGAUGGGGCUUCAGCUGACGCUCUUCUUGGAGCCGUGGGUGGUCACCCAGCUGGUGAUGUGGAAUUUGAACAGUUGGAACGGCGAGUGCAGCAGUUGCAGAGAUUACUCGGUCAAGAAGACAAGUUUGACAUUGCUGACUUGGAGAACGCUACAGUGGAUGGCAAUGCUACAGAUCUGCAAGCCAGCCAAGUAACGGCAAACAUUCAAGCUUUGCAAGAACAGAAAUCUCAGGUAGAUCAACUUCUGCAUGAACUCUCCACACUGAAAAUGGAGGCCUGCAGACUUAGCAUCCAAAGUAAUCCAAGUGCUGGCAAUGCUAGUGAAGGUUCCAAAGGGGUUUCUUCACCGAGAGGCCCAACAAAGUUCUCGACUUCUUUUGAGCAGCCAUCAAUGAAAGACAAAAGGAGGCAAGUUAAUGAGAUGCGCAAGACUUUACAGCAGCUGAAGUCUGCAGUAAGAAAGCUUGACCAAGGAGAUUUGUCUGGUGCAGGGGGCAAUUCUUCGAAUGCUUUACAAGAGGCCCAGCCAAAGUCAAGAGGAAGUGCCGCAUACAAGAAAGACAAUCUGCAAGGGGACUUUCCCGCACGGCGGCACUACGAAGCAGAGGGACGAGCCAAUGAGGAGCCUGAUGUUGGGCCCGGAGCAACAGCUGCGGCCCCUGUCCCCGUACAGCCACCAGCUGACCCUGCAAGUGCAUCUCAGGCAAGAGCUAAUGGAGACAUGCUGGCCGAGAAAGUCAGACAGCUUCAGACGACACGCAGUCAGCUCCAGUACCUGCAAUCUCUGGUUGCUUCAUUCCAAGAUGGCAACUCUGAACCUGCCACGAGUGCCCAGAGGAGCGGUGUGUCGUCAAGUGGAGAGAGCGACCUUCGAAAGGAGCAGCAGAAGCAGCGUCACAACCUGGAGCAACUGCAGGAGCAACGGCUGCGUCUCUCCUUGCUGAGGCAACAGGUUGCGACCAAUCAGGCACCGAUGGCUAAGAACCAACUGCGUGUCGCCCCGGAAGGCCCCGCCCAGCACUUGCCCGCAACAAGCCCCAGGGGGGCCUCAGCCGAUCCGGCCCUCUCCCCAACCAAGAAGGACAACGUCACUUUGCCCAAGAAUCUCUACGACACCACCAAGGCCAGUAACCGUUUGCAUGACAACUCUUCCAACCUUGAGUCCUUAAGUCGGGACAAGGCCAUUCUCGAAGAGCUGUUACAGCAAGAGCGAAGCAAGCAGCUUCUUUCCUAUUCCCACAACGAGGAUGUGCGGAGCCUCAGCUCGUGCUCCGCAAGUACAGAGCCCAUUGAUGGCAUGAACUUUGGGACAGGAAGCGUCAUGGCCGGAGGAAACACAACAAUUGCUGCCACUUGGGGUGGCUCUAGUACGCAGGAGAACUUGGAAGACGAUGAGGAUGAUGACGAGGACAGGCAGGAAGGCAGCAUUGGGGCAGGCCAUGACUCCGAAGGAAGCCGAAGUGAUGUUGAGAAUGACACUGGGCGUUCUAUGCCGCCACCUCUUGCUGGGAAAGAUCGCCAUCACGUGUCUGCAGAACCAGCUGUUCUACCAACUAAGCGGGCCGACAACAGACUCACUAAUACACAUGCAUCCAAAGUUAAUGGUACUUGCAGCGGGAGCAGUCAAUGGGGCCUUUGGCAAAGUACUGCUGGCGUGAUCGGUACUCCCUUGCAACGUCAACAUUCAUCUGGUGCCCAGGGUGAUUCAUCACACGCCCCUCCUGAAGUUGAAUCUCUCCAGUCCAUGCCCGGGGUAUCUGGACUCCCUAUGGUUCCAGGAUGGCAUCAACUCUCACAACACCUUUUGCAACAGCUGGAAAACACCAAUGCGAUGUACCAGUCAAUCCUGCAAGAGCAACAGGCGUUUGGCACCUCUGCUGCUGCCGUGUCCCCAGGUCCACAAUUUCGAGCUCCAAACACAGACGUCCUCCACCACUAUGCAAUUCAGCAGCAACUGCUUCUCAGCAUCAUCCACUGCUACCAACUCUUGAGCAUCCAGCAGAUGGAGAUCAGCCAGUUACAGCAAGCCAGCCAUCAGCAGAGCUGUUCGCCGAGUGUAGAUGAUGGUCUGAGGGGACCGAGCUUGCAGCCGUUGGAUCAAGGGGGUCCCUUCGUGGUGGAACCAGAUUCCACAGGUAUCUGGGCACAUGGCGUGCCCACAGCUGCCCUUCAUUCGUCUGGACCCCAUGUGCCUCGACCUCUGGUAACUGCUGAAACCAGAGGUGCUCCUCCGGGAGCCACACUCAACAACCAGGUGGUUCCAGGCAGCCGUGCCAACAACUUUUGGGAUAACUUUAGAAGCUACUCCCGUCAAAAUCUUCUGUCAAAUCCUGGGACAGUACCAAAGACCAAUGAAUUACCCGCCAAUUUUCAGGUCCAGCAAUCUCAUCCCAGUGGCCCAGUACUAACAGCAGCUUCAUCUAGGACGAAGAUGUGGGCUUCCCCACGUGAUUCAAGGGACGGCCCUCCAGCAUUUUCAUCAGCUGGUUCAACCAGUCAGCCUAGCCAUGUGAGGCCUGUGCAAAACGUGUGGCCUCAGGAGUCACCUGGAAAUCGAACAAACGACUCAAAGCAAGCCAACGGUGUUCAAGGCCAUAUGUGCGGUGUCGAACAUGCAGCUGAAGCCCUCAAUAUAUCUCCCAGGCGACGGCCAACAUCUCAGCAGCAGCAACAGCAGCAGCCUGCAUGCGAUGUCCUGAAAAUGUCCAUUGGGGCUGAAGUGUCACGAUUGCUCGAGGGCAAAGAAGAUGCAGCUAGCUUGGCUGCAGUGCUCCACCAACUGCAGCUCCUCAACACUCCCCAGCCUGACCUCACCUCAGGCCAGGCAUGUGGUGGGGCAAGACGCAAGGUUCCAUUGUCAACAAAAAGCAACAUCCCCAAAGAGAAUCGUGCGCAAAAUGGUGACCGCCACCUGAUGUUUCAAAGAGGUGCCUCCGAGUCAUCACCUGACCUUGUGACUAGUGUUGAACUUGCAAAUGACAGCCGUUCCAGGAUUGAGGAAACCCUAUCAGAUUCAUCCUUUGACAAGAACAUUGCAAGGCCUCUGGCGGCAGUCACAGCUCGGAAGAGAGCUAAACCUCUGUGCAGCCCUGCUAGCCAGCCCCCCCAGCUUUCCACAAUGGCUGCGGCUUCCAUGGAAAGAACUGCUCCUGCUGAACACAUGGUUGCAGAGCGAGAUUGUGGCACCAAUGAGGAUCAAGCAGCUUCGGCCAGACCAAUAGAUCCUGUGUUUGAGCAGGCUUGGCCAGAGAAGGACACAACAGUUUCAGCUCCUCAAGCUGCAGAGCUGCCUCAUCCUGGUAGUGAGGGUCCUGUGGCAGAGCAAUUGCCAGUAUUGGACAACAACAUGCUCAUGAUGGCGGAGGCCCAUGCCUUGCGUGGUGUGAAUCAAGAUGUGCAGCAGGCUAUGUACAACAUUGAACUGGCUUUUCUGCAACAAGGCCUUGCACCUGGCGGCGAGCAGCAGGGUGAAGAAGCGGAAGAUGACGAAGAUCGUGAGCUGGAAACUGAGCCCGAGGCUGAGGGAACCCAAGAUUUGGCCGAAGCCGAUCAGUCGCCUGCCGCAGAGCAAGAUGCCGACGACCAGCAGCCUGAAGACGUGGCAGCACCAGCGUUGUUGGGGGCUGUAGGGGGAGCUGAAGGUGGUGUGGCAGAACAGCCUAUGGAUGAUGCUGCCUCAAGGCAACCAGCAUCUGAUGCAUCAGAAGUCUCACAUGAAGAUGCAGUGCCAAGGACCGAAUCCGAAGAUGAUCCUCCUCGCCAACAUGAGGGCUCUCAGCCCCCGCCUAGCUAGUUACUUGAAUCGUGGAGCAUUUAUAAAUCAAAAUCAGUGAACUCCAUGUUACAUUGAUGAGUCAUUGAGAUCUUAAUGUUUUGAUGUUUAUUCGAUUAUUUUUGUGCAACCUUCUCUCCUAAUAAAGUAAUGGUAUUUUUGCCCACCAACUGACAUGACCAAUAAAGUCAUCACUUGUUCA